AGAAGCGUGAUGACGUACACGGCGUAGGCUCCCCGUAGCCUGGUCAGGUGGCCUGAGCGCUCGCCUGUGACACGGACACCGACACCGACACCGACACCCUGCUGCCCCGGGGCGGCGGGGACCUGCUCUUCCCCCUGUGGAAGAGUACCCAGUAAUCCGGCACUGGUGGUCGCUGAGCUGCCAGACUAGUGGAAGUGGGCAAAUACAGAUCACCAGCAGGAGCCUCCCAGUACCGGGCCAUAUACAGGAUUACUGGUUAUUGAAUGUUCUCUGCUCCGUGAAAAAUGAGCGGCUCCAAGCCGGACAUCCUGUGGGCCCCCCACCACGUGGACAGGUUUGUGGUGUGCGACUCUGAGCUCAUCCUCUAUCACAUAGAAUCCAGGGCCAACGCCAACUCCGAACUCAAGGCGGGAUCUCUACGACUGUCAGAGGAGACCACCGCCACCCUCUUGGCCAUCAACUCGGACACGCCCUACAUGAAAUGUGUGGCUUGGUACCCAAAAUACGACCCAGAAUGCCUCUUGGCGGUUGGCCAGGCGAAUGGCAGAGUGGUGCUGACCAGCCUGGGCCAGGACCACAACUCCAAAUGCAGAGAUCUGAUCGGUAAGGAGUUUGUCCCUAAACACGCCAGGCAGUGCAACACCCUGGCCUGGAAUCCCCUGGAUAGCAAUUGGCUGGCCGCUGGCUUGGACAAGCACAGGGCCGACUUUUCCGUAUCGGUCUGGGACAUCAGCAGCAAGUACACCCCCGACGUCACUGUCCCCAUGGAGAAGGUCCGCCUUUCCACCGGUGACAACGAAACAAGCUUGGUGGUGACAAAGCCCCUGUAUGAACUGGGCCAGAACGACGCCUGCCUGUCCCUCUGCUGGCUCCCUAGGGACCAGAAGUUGCUCCUGGCCGGGAUGCACCGUAACUUGGCCAUCUUCGACCUCCGAAACACCAACCAGAAGAUAUUUGUGAACACCAAAGCGGUGCAAGGCGUGACCGUGGACCCCCACUUCCACGACAGGGUGGCUUCAUUCUUUGAAGGACAAGUGGCUAUUUGGGACCUUAGAAAAUUUGAGAAGCCGGUUUUGACCCUUACGGAGCAGCCCAAGCCUCUGAGCAAAGUCGCCUGGUGCCCGACCAGGACUGGGUUACUUGCCACCUUGACCCGGGACAGUAACAUCAUCAGACUGUACGAUAUGCAGCACACCCCCACACCCAUCGGGGACGAAACGGAGCCCACGAUAAUAGAGAGGAGCGUCCAGCCUUGCGAUAAUUACAUUGCCUCCUUCGCUUGGCAUCCGACCAGUCAGAACCGGAUGGUGGUGGUGACCCCCAACAGGACCAUGUCCGAUUUCACAGUGUUUGAGCGCAUCUCUCUGGCCUGGAGUCCCACCACGUCGCUGAUGUGGGCGUGCAGCAGGCAGCUCUACGAAUGUACGGAGGAGGGGAAGGACAGUUCCCUCGAGAGGGAUAUCGCCACUAAGAUGAGGCUCAGGGCUUUAUCGCGGUACGGCCUGGACACAGAGCAGGUCUGGAGGAACCACCUGCUGGCGGGCAAGGAGGACCCGCAGCUUAAGUCUCUCUGGUACACCUUGCACUUUAUGAAGCAGUACGCUGAAGACAUAGAGCAGAAAUCUUCCAGCAACAAAGGAUCGUUGGUUUACGCCGGGAUCAAGGCGAUAGUGAAAUCCUCGCUGGGGACGACAGAAAGCGUCUGCUGCAGCUGGAGCGGCUCCGACCGGCAGGCAGACGUGGUCCAUUACGUGAGCCCAGAGCGGAGUUUGGCGCUGCAGCUUUGCGGCUGGAGAAAGAAAGGAUCGGACGCCGAUAUCGGAUUGUUCCUGACCUCGUUGGAACAGGAAGGCGAAUGGGAGAGAGCGGCGGCCAUCGCGUUGUUUAACCUGGAUAUCCGUCGUGCCAUCCAGAUCCUGAAUAAGGGGGCGUCCACCGGGAAAGGAGAUCUGAAUCUCAAUGUUGUAGCCAUGGCGCUCUCCGGAUAUACAGACGAAAAGAACUCUCUCUGGAGGGAGAUGUGCAGCUCCCUCCGAAAUCAGCUGAGUAACCCUUACCUUGCCGUCAUGUUUGCGUUCCUCACCAGUGACCCCGGCUGCUACGACACCGUUCUGUUUGAAUGCGCCAUGGCUGUGAGGGAUCGCGUGGCCUUCGCCUGCUUGUUCUUAAAUGACGCUCAGUUAAUUAAGUACAUUGACAAGCUGACGCAGGACAUGAAGGACGUGGGGAACCUCGAAGGGAUCGUCCUGACCGGACUGACAAAGGAUGGAGUAGAUCUGAUUGAAAGCUAUGUGGAUAGGACAGGUGACGUGCAGACGGCGAGUUACUGCAUGCUACAGGGAUCUCCAUCGGAAGUGAUGAAGGACGAGCGGGUCCAGUACUGGAUAGAAAACUACAGGAACUUGCUGGAUGCCUGGAGGUUUUGGCAUAAAAGAGCGGAGUUUGAUAUCCACAGGAGUAAACUGGACCCCAGCUCCAAGCCCCUCGCACAGGUAUUUGUGAGCUGCAAUUUCUGUGGGAAAUCCAUCUCUUACAGCUGCUCCUCGGUGCCGCACCAGGGCCGGGGGUUCAGUCAGUACGGAGUCAGCGGGUCGCCAACCAAGUCGAAGUUCACCAGCUGCCCCGGCUGCCGGAAGCCUCUUCCGCGCUGCGCUCUGUGUCUCAUCAACAUGGGAAAUCCGGUGUCUAAUAGUCCAGGAGCCUCCAAGUCUGAUGAGAAGAUAGACCUCAGCAAGGAGAAGAAGGUGGCGCAGUUUAACAACUGGUUCACUUGGUGUCACAACUGUCGACAUGGAGGUCACGCCGGGCACAUGAUGAGCUGGUUCAGAGAUCAUACGGAGUGCCCAGUGUCCGCCUGCGCCUGUAAAUGCAUGCAGCUGGAUACAACAGGCAACCUCGUUCCUGCAGAGACCGCACAGGCCUGAGGUGGGACCCUCACAAGAGACUUUUGGCCAAGACGUGUAUUUGUGAGCUACCUGACAGCAGGAGACCUUCUGCCGCAUCACGGAUGGUGCAGCUUACACAGUGUUGUCAGUCAUGAAGGACUGACUCAAGGAAAUGUUCUGU